AUGAAGAAUGGAAAAGCUACGGGACCCGAUGACAUACCAGUGGAAGUAUGGAAAGCUUUGGGAGAAGAAGGAAAUGACGUCUUGCAGGGAUUGGUGAAAAAAAUAAUGGAAAGGGAAGCAAUACCAGAAAAGCGGAGAGAAAGUACUUUGAUACCAAUCUUCAAAGAGAAAGGAGAUACUCAGAGUUGUGAGAACUACUGGAAAGUACUGGAAAGGAUUAUGGAUUCGCGACUGAGACAAGUAGUGCGCACUGGCCGAUAUCAACUUGGUUUUAUGAAAGGGAUCGGAACAGUUGACGGUAUCUUCUCUCUCAGGCAAACCGUGGAGAAAUACCAGGAAAAGAAAAGAGUGCUAUAUAUGGUCUUCCUCGACUCAGAGAAAGCUUAUGACUGA